AUGGCUAGAAAGAGUAGGACAGUGGCCGAGGAAAUUGCCAAGGAGCUUUCGAAGCCUGUAUUCAAGGAUGUGGAUAUUGAAAACGAGCCAGACAGUUCGUCGGAAGGAAGCGAUGACGAGGUUUCCCGUGAACACUACGUUCAGAACCGCAGCAGGUUAAGGGGAGUGGAACUGGGCGAGAAUUACAAGGGAAAGAAGGUGAGCCGCGGUGAUCUGUACGAUAAAGAUGAGGCGAGAAGUGAGGGCAGUGAGUCUGAGGAGGCAGAGUCCAACGAUUCAGAUAUUCUAGCAGACGUGACUGAUAGUGAGAUUGAAGAAGACAGCGAGGGAAGCGAAGAAAGCGAGGAAAGCGAGGUGAGCGAGGAUGACAAGAGCGACCAGGAAAGCGGAAACAACGAUUCAGAUGCAUCGUCGGUGGCUGAUUCAUACAAACGAGAGAGGAUAUCACAGCUGCUGGCCGAAGAGAAAAAGCAAAUAAUUUCGAGGCUAUCUGCCACCGCCAAGAGCGACGCUAUCAAGGGAUACGCUAUUUUGAGUCAGCAUCGAAUAUUCGAUCUGAUCUUAGACAGUCGAAUAAAAUUACAAAAGGCCAUUGUGUCUGCCAACCAACUACCACUGAACACAGAAAUAUACGAUUCGCUAUCCAAGAAGGAAAAGAAAGAUGUUGAUAAAGUGCAGGAAAAGGUGCUUGAGCUUUUAGAGAAGACAAUUAGCGUGCGCAGAAAAUUAUAUGCUAAAGACAAAAUUGAAGCUCCCGCCACCAGCACCAAAAAGAGAUCACUGGCCUCUCUAUACGAAGAGACCAACGAAUUCGAUUCUGUGUUGGAACCUUUCAAAAAGAACGUGUUGGUGAAGUGGUCUGCGAAAGUGCAAGCUGCGUCUGGCUCAUCUGCUCUUCAGUCCGGCAAAUUCCAAACCAUCAACCAAGACGCAUAUUCUCAAGUCCAAAACAAUCUUCAGGACAUGGAGAGAUUGGUGAAGAGAACGAAGCUGAACCGGCGUGGUGUAACUCCAUUAGGAAUGGAAAAGGACCAAGAGCCAAUUUUAUUCGACGACGACGAUUUCUACAGAGUCCUGCUGAACGACAUGGUGGAUAAGAAGAUUUCUGACAAAGCGGCCUCGUCUGCUGCGAUUGUGACGAUGAGCUCGAACAGAAUACACAAGAAUUACGACCGCAAGGCUACGAAAGGCCGCAAACUGAAAUACACUGUGCAGGAACCGUUGCAACAGUUUGAAGUUCCAAAGAGGAGCGAGUGGACAUGGAAUGAUGACCAGAUCGAUGAGUUCUUCGCAUCGUUGCUGGGUAGAAAAAUAGACAUGGGAGAAGAGGCCGAGAAAGUUGAGCCUGAGGAGGGAGAGGCUAUACUGAAGUCCGACCUCAAGCUCUUUGGAUAA